AUGGAGAAGGCCGUCACCAACAUUCUCAGGCUGUCACCAACAUUCCCAGACUCUCACCAACAUUCCCAGACCCUCACCAACAUUCCCAGACCCUCACCAACAUUCCCAGACCUUCACCAACAUUCCCAGACCCUCACCAACAAUCCCAGACCCUCACCAACAUUCCCAGACCCUCACCAACAUUCCCAGACCCUCACCAACAUUCCCAGACCCUCACCAACAUUCCCAGACUCUCACCAACAUUCCCAGACCCUCACCAACAUUCCCAGUCCCUCACCAACAUUCCCAGCCCCUCACCAACAUUCCCAGACCCUCACCAACAUUCCCAGACCCUCACCAACAUUCCCAGACCCUCACCAACAUUCCCAGACCCUCACCAACAUUCCCAGACUCUCGCCAACAUUCCCAGACUCUCGCCAACAUUCCCAGACCCUCACCAACAUUCCCAGACUGUCACCAACAUUCCCAGACCCUCACCAACAUUCCCAGACCCUCGCCAACAUUCCCAGACUCUCGCCAACAUUCCCAGACCCUCACCAACAUUCCCAGGCUGUCACCAACAUUCCCAGACCCUCACCAACAUUCCCAGACCCUCCCCAACAUUCCCAGACCCUCACCAACAUUCCCAGACUCUCACCAACAUUCCCAGACUCUCACCAACAUUCCCAGACCCUCACCAACAUUCCCAGUCCCUCACCAACAUUCCCAGACCCUCACCAACAUUCCCAGGCCCUCACCAACAUUUCCAGACCCUCACCAACAUUCCCAGACCCUCACCAACAUUCCCAGACCCUCACCAACAUCCCCAGUCCCUCACCAACAUUCCCAGACCCUCACCAACAUUCCCAGUCCCUCAACAUUCCCAGACCCUCACCAACAUUCCCAGACCCUCACCAACAUUCCCAGACCCUCACCAACAUUCCCAGACCCUCACCAACAUUCCCAGACCCUCACCAACAUUCCCAGACCCUCACCAACAUUCCCAGACCCUCACCAACAUUCCCAGACCCUCACCAACAUUCCCAGACCCUCACCAACAUUCCCAGAUCCUCACCAACAUUCCCAGACCCUCACCAACAUUCCCAGACUCUCACUAACAUUCCGCACACUCCUUCUAUCUUGAGGUUAUCUUGA